GCUGGCUUUCUCCUGCAGCAUCAUGAGCUGUCUGUAACACUGUCUACAUAAACAACAGCAGCACCAUCAGUAACAUUAUCUACUGAAGCAACAGCAGCACCAUCAGUAACAUUAUCUACUGAAGCACCAGCAGCACCAUCAGUAACAUUAUCUACUGAAGCACCAGCAGCACCAUCAGUAACAUUAUCUACUGAAGCACCAGCAGCACCAUCAGUAACAUUAUCUACUGAAGCACCAGCAGCACCAUCAGUAACAUUAUCUACUGAAGCACCAGCAGCACCAUCAGUAACAUUAUCUACUGAAGCACCAGCAGCACCAUCAGUAACAUUAUUCUACUGAAGCACCAGCAGCACCAUCAGUAACAUUAUCUACUGAAGCACCAGCAGCACCAUCAGUAACAUUAUCUACUGAAGCACCAGCAGCACCAUCAGUAACAUUAUCUACUGAAGCACCAGCAGCACCAUCAGUAACAUUAUCUACUGAAGCACCAGCAGCACCAUCAGUAACAUUAUCUACUGAAGCACCAGCAGCACCAUCAGUAACAUUAUCUACUGAAGCAACAACAGCACCAUCAGUAACAUUAUCUACUGAAGCAACAACAGCACCAUCAGUAACAUUAUCUACUGAAGCACCAGCAGAACCAUCAGUAACAUUAUUUGCAAAAACUUACUUCUAAUGAGCCAUGGCUUUAAUAUCUAAGGAAUAUAAUCUCUUCAGGUUUAUUAAAGCUUUGAAUGAGUGUGGUAGAGGAGUGUUACAUUACAUAUUCUGUUUGGGAACUCCAGAUAAACCUGCUACUAUGAAGCUGGAUGAUUACUUGAAAACCUUGAAACAAACAUCAUCUGCAAACUACUUAAAACUUUCAAGGAGUCAAAAAAGAUUUAACAAAACACAAAAGAAACUGAUUGAAAAUAGUGCAGAUGGAACCGGGUUUGAUAUUCCACUGUUGUGUCUCAGCAUCAAAUUAGCUGCUGAGAAUGUUGCUCAGUUCGAUGAUCCAAAAUGGAUGACUCCCAGUGCAGAAAUGGAGUACUACAUCACCGCCAUAAAGAACAUGAGGAACGAUGCUCUUCAUGGUCCACUUGCAGUUCCUGAUGAAGAUUAUAAUAAUAAUAUGAAAGAGUUUCGGGAGAUGUUAACUGGGUGUCUUAAGACAUCUGGAGAACGAUAUGGACAAGACGAGGCUGAGGUGAAUGACAAGAUCAAGCAGAUAAAUAAUGACCUGGACUACAUCAUGGAUGAGAUUCUUGGAGAGGAAGAUAUAGUGAAGUAUUGUAAAGAUGAUUUAAAACAAAUUAUCAUUAAUGACAGUCGUGAUAAACUGAAGAAUGUCUUAGAAAAAGUUACUUACAUUAGCCCAGUGUCUUCGAUCAUCAAUAACUUUCAAGUUAAAGUAGACAAAAUUUUUGUCGAUAUUGAAGUUAAACAAGGAAAACGGGGAGGUAAUAAUGAACACAUUGAUUAUGGAGAUCUCCUCACACUUGUGAAGUCUGGCACACAACAACAUGGUUCCUCUGCACGACCACAAAUACUACUGCUGGAAGGUGUGGCAGGCAGUGGCAAGACCACUCUAGUGAAGCUAGUAACUGAGGAAUGGAUACAAGGUGGUCAAGGUAACAUCAAGGGCUUAGAUAAUUACGAUCUCUUACUGUGGGUACAGUGUAGGGACCCGACCAUCAACUCCUUCCAGGAUCUACUAGACCGACUAAUACCAGAUGUUUCAACAAAAUUCAGAAACGUUUUGCAUAAAAUAAUAAAGUUAUGUAAUAUAUUAAUUUUGGUUGAUGGUCUGGAUGAAUUCAAUGAUAACUCAAGAAAAUUAGUCAGUAGUCUUUUAUUCGAAUUCCAGAACUCAGUUAACACAGCAUAUAUGUGCACCUCAAGACCUGAAACAGUUGAAAUGUUCAGCUUGACGAUCCCUGAAGAUUAUAAUGUAACAAAUGCUGAACUACGAGGCGUAAAUAAUGAACAUAUGGAAACUUUCGUGCGUCGGACUCACCAGGAGAUAACUAAGGUCACGAACAGUAACAGAGACACUAAUAAACUGGUAAAUAAAGUGAUGAAGAUUAAAGAUCUUCAUGAACACUUACGUCUUCCAAUGAAUUUAACAUUUUUUGUUUACAUCUGCGACCAGGAACCAGAUGAGACGGAAAUAACAACCAUAACACAAACAGAACUCUAUGAUAAAAUACAUCAUAUGUGGCAAAGUAAGUUAUUAGAGAGAUUAGCAACCCGUUCAAAGCCCGACGUGUUCAAUGAAAGUAUCGUCAUUAACAGUGUUCAGGAAAUAUUGAAGACAAUAUAUGCAAUAUCACUUGAGAGUCUCUCACGUGACCAGUUGAGUCUUGAAGAAGAGACUGUAGAACAAAUAAUAUCUACUUGUAACAAACAUAAUAUACCUUAUGAUGAGAUACUUUCUGCUUUCUUCAGUUUGAAGCCAAUAUCGACUUGGCAAGGCAUCGAGGAGCGCUACUCUCCACCACACAAGGCAAUCCAAGACUACUUCAGCGCUCUGCAUAUUGUGGUGACACUUAAUUACCAGCUACAAUCUUCAACACCCCCGGUCUCGUACACCCAGCAACCAACACCACCUGUGUCUUCCCAACCAUCUGUGACAACUGUGUCACCAUCACGAACUUCAAAUGCUCCAGCACUAACUACACCAGCACAAAUUUCACAAACUCCAACAACACAAGCAUCAUUUACAUCAUCACCCACAUCAGCAUCACCUACACCAGCAUCACUUAAUCCUGCGUCACCAACACAAUCAUCACAUACACCAGGAUCGCCUACACCAGCUUCACUUGCGCUAUGUACACUAAAGGCUUCACCUGCCAGUAUCAGGGAAGUGUUAGAAGAGAGCAUCAAAACUACCAGACUAGAUAUGAAGAAAUACCGUAAUGUUCUGGUACAUGUGGCGGGGCUGCUGAAUCUAAUAAGGAAGCAGGUGUCUGACUCUCAUGCACGAGAGGUGGUUCAUCUCCUGCGCGAGUCUGGCAUAGAAGAUAAUGAUGACUGGCUCGACCUCCUUGAGAGCAAUAAGGUUUCUCCAGAAACCAUCAAAGAAAUAGUUUCUUUCUUCAGUACUGAAGAAACAAUGUAUGUACGUGAUGAACAUGUGAGAAGUUACUCGGCUGUGUUACCAUACCUUAGGUCUUGCGAAGUGAAUAUUGAGAUCUACGGUGACCCUGAUGACUUACCCUGCCUUCCUGACGUAUUGGCUGCCCUCACCAACCAUCACUGCACACAGCUAAAACUGUGGGAGCAAUGGAGUGGUGCUGCUGAGACAACCACCACUUCUGACAGCCUCCUACAACAUGUCCAUUCUCUGAGUCAUCUGGAGGUGUUUGCUGGUUAUGUUACUGCUGGAACUGUGUCAGUUCUGCCUCCCAUCCUGACGGAGCUCCACCUGGCUGUGGUGAGUGAUAACCAGGCUCUCGAUCUCCUGCCACAACUAAGUGCUUCUGUAUCCUCCACACUACAUAAACUUGAGUACCUAGGGAUGAAAGUAUCAGUAGCAGUAUCACCAGCAUCGUUAAUGCCACUACCCAACAUAGACGAGGUGGUGCUGGAGCUCACUGGUGUGAAUGACACUACACUGAGUCAUGCCUGUGAUAUGGUCCAAAAACUACAACCGAAAGAAAGGUGAGUCUUUCACUUUCGUUUUAGAGUACCCUUCAAUAUUGGUAUCACUGAUUUCAUCAUUGCUUAGUUAAUCUUAAGUUAAUUUUAAGCCAGC